CGCCAAAACCCGUUCUCGAACUAUAUAUACUAUAAGGUUCAUAUGUCAUUCCUAUCAUAAUUGCCUGGCAUUCUAAGUCCUUUAAACAACGCGUGAUUGUUCUAUGACCUAAAGACAUAAUUUAACCGUGACGCUGGAAAUGUCGGAGGGGAAAUUAACAUGGUUAAUCACUGGCUGCUCGUCGGGGUUCGGCCUGGCGCUGGCACGGCCUGCCCAAGCUAAUGGUCAUAAUGUUAUCGCGACAUCCCGGAACCCUAGUCGUACACCGGAGCUGGUAGAAAAAUUCACGAAGAAGGGGGGUGAAUGGAUUAGGCUAGACCAAGACGAACAAGACUGCGGACGUGUAAUUGAAGACAUCGAAGCGCGGGGACUAGCGAUCGACGUCUUGGUCAAUUCUGCGGGCAUCGGCAUGACAGGCCCUGCGGAAUGCUUCACCGAAGAAGAAGUUCAUCAGGUUAUGGAAACGAAUUUCUUCGGGCCGUACCGAUUAAUGCGUGCGGCGGCGCCUCAUAUGCGCAAGAGACGUUCGGGUAUGAUUGUGAACUUCAGCAGCGGCUCCGGAAUGGAAGCGGUGCAGUCUCUAGGUGUUUACGGCGCCUCCAAGGCGGCUCUGGAUGGUAUAACAAAGACAUUACAUAAGGAAAUGCAAGACUUCAAUGUCCGUGUUCUAUUACUCUAUCUGGGAGCGUUCAAUACUCCCAUGGUUACUAGAACUGGGGCAGUAUGUAAAUCUAUUGACCCUGACUAUGAAGGGACAACAACAGAGAAACUCUUUACUGCCUUGAGCACGGGAAAUUUUGCUGUUCCCGGCGACCAUGUCAAAGCGACUCAAGCAAUAUAUGAUGUAGUCAUGGGCAAGGGCAUAGGUGAAGGCCACGAGAAGGAAAUGAUACUCCCCUUAGGAAGGGAUAUGGCAGCAAGGAUAAAAGAGAGUAGGGAUCGGUUGGAUCAUAUGGUGGAAGUUUUUGGCGAGAUUUGUAACAACGUUAACGUCGACGAAGCCCCGAAAGCUACCUAACCGAAGUAAUUAUUAUACGACCUAUACUACAACUAUAUGAGAUCAAUAGUUUCAAGGCUCCCCUAACUCUUGACACUAUCACGUGUAUCUGGUUCAUUACAAGGACGUCUCCACAGCAUAGUAACUACACGCAGGCUGAUUGUGGAAGUUAAUUACGAUAGGAUAUAAAUGUCCUUAAGGGGUCGUAUAGUCUCUGAUUCUUAAAAGUUUCGAUGCUAUGUAAUAAAUUGAGCUGACUAGGAGCAGCUUAAACGAUGCCGAGUGCUAGAUUAUAGAUGCAAGUACAUAGUAAACAUAUUUUAUUUGAAUUAAUAGCUUA